UGAUGCCAGGGCUCCUCCAGGAUGCCCUCUCUUAACCGCCUAUGAAACCCUGCACAUCAGGCAGCUUGUUCCUAAGGCCUGCCUGACUCCGGCGAGACUUCCCAGGAGAUCCCGACCGACCGCGGAACCGAGCUCCAAGAAUGCCUGCGAGGAGGCCGUGGGUCCUACCCUAUCGCCGCUUACGCAGUCCCGGCCUCCGCGGCGCCCCCAAAUGCCGCACUGUUGAGUCAUCCCAGCGCUGCCUCCUCCGCGCUGUACUCCCCACCCCCGCUCCUGGAGCAAGAAGGUGCAGACGAUACUUUUCCCGGAGGCAAGAGGGCGUCUUCACGCAGGCACGGAGAAGCUCCCAGUAGCGUAUGCCUUAAUGGUGCCGCUCUUGUCUGCGUCUACGCUUGGGGCCUUGGCUUCUGACUUGGGGGGUGUACAGCUCUGCCCGACGGCAACCCAGCUUGGGAAGAGAAGCCCCAGCGUGGGCCGGGGCUCAAGGCGCAGGGAGGCCGAGCCCGGCGCGGACGCAGGCGGCUCCGGGCGGGCUCAGCACCCCCAGGCACCGUCUCCUAGUGACCGCGGCGCUCGCGGGCCUGGCGGCCGUUGUCCGGGCGACUGCGCAGCGCGGGCACCCCCGUGGCCCCUCCCCUGGGCGCGCGCGCGCGACCUGGGUGCCAUGGCGGCGGCGGCGGUGACAGGCCAGCGGCCUGAGACCGCGGAGGCCGAGGAGGCCUCGAGGCCGCAGUGGGCGCCGCCAGACCACUGCCAGGCUCAGGCGGCGGCCGGGCUGGGCGACGGCGAGGACGCACCGGUGCGGCCGCUGUGCAAGCCCCGCGGCAUCUGCUCGCGCGCCUACUUCCUGGUGCUGAUGGUGUUCGUGCACCUGUACCUGGGUAACGUGCUGGCGCUGCUGCUCUUCGUGCACUACAGCAACGGCGACGAAAGCAGCGAUCCCGGGCCGCAGCACCGUGCCCAGGGCCCCGGGCCCGAGCCCACCUUAGGUCCCCUCACCCGGCUGGAGGGCAUCAAGGUGGGGCACGAGCGUAAGGUCCAGCUGGUCGCCGACAGGGAUCACUUCAUCCGAACCCUCAGCCUCAAGCCGCUGCUCUUCGAAAUCCCCGGCUUCCUGACUGAUGAAGAGUGUCGGCUCAUCAUCCAUCUGGCGCAGAUGAAGGGGUUACAGCGCAGCCAGAUCCUGCCCACUGAAGAGUAUGAAGAGGCAAUGAGCACUAUGCAGGUCAGCCAGCUGGACCUCUUCCAGCUGCUGGACCAGAACCGUGAUGGGCACCUGCAGCUCCGUGAGGUUCUGGCCCAGACUCGCCUGGGAAAUGGAUGGUGGAUGACUCCAGAGAGCAUUCAGGAGAUGUACACCGCGAUCAAGGCCGACCCUGAUGGUGAUGGAGUGCUGAGUCUGCAGGAGUUCUCCAACAUGGACCUUCGGGACUUCCACAAGUACAUGAGGAGCCACAAGGCAGAGUCCAGUGAGCUGGUGCGGAACAGCCACCAUACCUGGCUCUACCAGGGUGAGGGUGCCCACCACGUCAUGCGUGCUAUCCGCCAGAGGGUGCUGCGCCUCACUCGCCUGUCGCCUGAGAUCGUGGAGCUCAGCGAGCCGCUGCAGGUUGUUCGAUAUGGUGAGGGGGGCCACUACCAUGCCCACGUGGACAGUGGGCCUGUGUACCCAGAGACCAUCUGCUCCCAUACCAAGCUGGUAGCCAACGAGUCUGUACCCUUCGAGACCUCCUGCCGGCAAGUAUCUCCCAACUGGGGGCUGCCUUCAAUCCUCAGACCAGGAACGCCCAUGACACAGGCACAGCCCUGCACUGUGGGCGUGCCCCUUGGCAUGGGGCCAGGAGAUCACUGGGUUAUCCCGGUAAGCCCCUGGGAGCAUCCACAACUGGGGACCUGCUCAGUGGCCCCCCUGCCUUACAGCUACAUGACAGUGCUGUUUUAUUUGAACAACGUCACUGGUGGGGGCGAGACUGUUUUCCCUGUAGCAGAUAACAGAACCUACGAUGAAAUGAGUCUGAUUCAGGAUGACGUGGACCUCCGUGACACACGGAGGCACUGUGACAAGGGAAACCUGCGUGUCAAGCCCCGACAGGGCACAGCAGUCUUCUGGUACAACUACCUGCCUGAUGGGCAAGGUUGGGUGGGUGACGUAGACGACUACUCGCUGCACGGGGGCUGCCUGGUCACGCGCGGCACCAAGUGGAUUGCCAACAACUGGAUUAAUGUGGACCCCAGCCGAGCGCGGCAAGCGCUGUUCCAACAGGAGAUGGCCCGCCUGGCCCGAGAAGGGGGCACCGACUCACAGCCCGAGUGGGCUCUGGACCGGGCCUACCGCGAGGCGCGCGUGGAGCUCUGAGGGAAGAGUUAGCCCAGGUUCCCAGCCGCGGGUCGCCAGUUGCCCAAGAUCGGGGAUCCGGCUGUCCUUCUGUCCUGUUGCAGACUAAAGAUCUGGCCAAUGUCUUGCCCCACCCUGCCAGCCGCGAUAUGGCGCAGUUCCUAUAUUCAUGUUAUUUAUUGUGUACUGACACCAUUUGCCCCGUCAAAUAAAAAACCACAAGGUUCGAGCCGUCCGGCCCGACAA